AUGGCUUUCCUGAAGGAUGGAAACAACACUGCAGUGACAGAGUUCAUUUUAUUGGGAUUAACUGAUGACCCAAUCCUUAGAGUUGUCCUCUUCACCAUCAUCCUGUGCAUCUACCUGGUGACUGUGUCUGGGAACCUCAUUGUUACCUCAUUUUCUGCUGCAUCAGUUACUAUGCUAACAGUGUUUGUCAUAGCCAUUUCCUACACCUACAUCCUCAUCACCAUCCUGAAGAUGCCCUCCACUGAAGGUCGACACAAAGCCUUCUCUACCUGUACUUCCCACCUCACUGCAGUGUCUCUGUUCUAUGGGACCAUCACAUUCAUUUAUGUGAUGCCCAAGUCCAGUUACUCCACAGACCAAAAUAAGGUGUUGUCUGUGUUCUAUAUGGUGGUGAUCCCCAUGUUGAACCCCCUCAUCUAUAGUCUCAGGAAUAAUGAGAUUAAGAGUGCUCUGAGGAGACAGCUUGGUAAGAAAAUGUUUUCUCAAAGUAAUAUAUUGUUUUGUAAAACUUAA